AUGAACUGUCGAAAAGGAAUAUUGCCAUUGUACCGGCGUACCAUACAGUCCUCCAACUCCCCCACAACCACCAAAUUCACAAAACGAUUCAAAGGAUACAAAAGUGAAGAACCACUCGUCCUCCCAAGAGUAGUAAUCGAUCUUGAUGCUCAUGAAAAUCCCGCCGUACGCGAAUACGAUUCAGCAAAAGACAAUAUCCUAACACCUUUCCAACAACAAGUCGUCCGCUCAACAGAUAAAGCCAUAGCUAGAAGAGAAAAACUAGUUCGCAAACAGUUGGAUGAAGAAGUAGUGGGAUUUCCACGCAAGGGAGGUAGAAAUAAUCAACAUAUCAGAGAUGAUGCUUUAGAGCAUGAGUUAGCGUAUAACCCAGAUGCCUCACCACCAACUGUGACGGCGAUGGAUCUUAUGACUUAUGCACUACUUGGGAAUCCAUUCACAGCUAGGGGAUCGAAAGAACCGACUAAUAUGAGGGAUGUGCAUAUGGAGAGAUUGUUUACGGGUCAUGGUAUUGAUUUUAAGGAUACGGCGAAUAUGACGAUUAGGGCUUUGACGGAGGAUUUUGAUAUUUCGACAGAUGGGCAAGGUGAGGAUAAUGUGGAUACGGAGCAGAACCGAAAGAUUGCGGAAAGGAGGAAUAAAAGAAAGGAGAUGCAGAAUAUUGAAGAAGGAGAAUAA